CUUCCGCCGCCAGGUACAGUAAACGGGAAAGGGCGGUGCGCAACAUGGGCGGAGUAAAAAAGGCGCCCCAAAUUGCACACUGCAAUGUGAGGGGUACUUGUCUAAAACCGGACCAUUUUUAACCAGUUUACCGUGAGUGUUGUGAUUAGUUUCCCGGCGUCGGGAUGCAGAAACACCUGACGGAAAGCCAGAAGAAGUACUUCGUCAACAUGGACGAGUACCUGUGCAGUCUGGGCCUCUACAGGAAGAGAGUGGCCCAGGACGCGUCCAGUCUGUUCCGAGCCGUGUCAGAAAAGUUGUAUUACUCUCAGAACUACCAUCAGAAGAUCCGUCAGGACUGCGCCGACUUCAUGAAAGCCACCAGAUGCAACUUUGAACCGUUUGUUGAAGGUUCCUUUGAGAAAUAUCUGGAGCGUCUGGAGGACCCCAAGGAGACAGUGGGUCAGGUGGAGAUCAAGGCUCUUUCUCAGCUCUACAGGCAUUGUUUCCUGAUCUAUCGUUACCCAGGGGAACCAGCCAUGGUGAUCUCAGAAGGCGACUUUGUUGACAAGGUCACACUGUGUGCCUCCAACAAUCACUAUGACAUCAUUUACCCGAGGAGUUACCUUGCCUCUGCUGCUCUCUGUCAGUCUCUUCUCUAUGAGCUGCUCUAUACUAAGGUGUUUGGGUUUGAGGAGGCGGAGCUCUGUGAAGCCAUGGAGGCCUUCAGGAUCGGAGGUCGUUGCUAUAGAAACAGACCAUCCGCAUGUAGGGAUGUCGACUUUGGCUGCGACACACCUGAGGACCAAUGUCACAGGGAGGAGUCGAAGUCGGGUGGAGCUGCAGAGGAGAAACUCCAAGCUGUGACAGACGACUCAAAGCCUCCUGAAGAAGCCACGCCCCCAUCCAGACUGUCUCUUCCUUAUAAGGUCAUGAAGUCUCUGGACGGAAAACGUUACAGAAACCUUGAGUUUGAUGUCUGGCUGGACACCUGCAAAGAGAUGCAGAAGACCAACUACAUGGUGUUUGAAGGGAGGCAGUACUUCCUGGGAGACAAGUGUCAGGUGCGUCUAGAGCCGCAGGGGAAGUACUUCAAUGCCUUCAUUCAGGAAGUAGGAACACAGCCAUCAGCCGUCACCGUCUUCAUCGAGGAGCUGGCAGAGAAACACCUGGUUCCUCUGACUAAUCUAAUACUAGUGAACCCAUUUCCUGCCUGGAACGUUGCUGAUCCCACCAAAAAAGGAGACCUGGACUCGGAUUCUCGUGGUCAGCGACGUCACCGCCAUCGCUACUACAGGAAGUCUUGCGGAGUUAAAGGGGCGAAGCUGCUGAUGCCGCCGCCAUUCUACUACAGAGACCCAGAUCCCUUCGCCCUGCCCCCCCGCUUCCAGACCGACCCGCCCCCUCCUCUGUCACCAGGAGCCAUGACCUACGACCCCUACGCCCCCCUACACCAUCACUACCACCCAACCAGACCUCCUCGCAACGGAGCCUCCAGAAGGUCCACGCGCUUUCUGAGCCGCCACCUAAUUGGUCCAGAGUUGACCUAUUACCACCCUGGCAGAAGAUAUUACCACGACUACGAGAGAUACGCCUUCAGUCGUAGUCGGCGUCUGCUGCUGAAUAAAGAGUGUCAGUUUGGUUUCCCCGAGGAGACAGUGGAGGAGCCGACCAUGGCAUACUACCAGCUGGACGAGACCAGUGACGCCGUCUUCCCUCCAGUGCCGAUGAGAAGACCAAAACUACAAGAACCAGAUCAUACAGACCCCGUUGUGGAACCGCCUCCCUCCAUGGGAGGAAACACCCCCCUCUGUUCGUCAGAGGAGGACCAGGCUGAGUACACAGACGAGUACAUCUACUUUACUCAGGAUCAGAGAUACCAGCCCUCAGGUGUUUACACUGCUGCUGAGCCCUCCACAGAUCAGGUAGAGAAGCCAUUAGCGGCCACCUGCUCUUCACCCUCCUCAUCCUCCUCCCCAUCUUCUGAGUUGGGUGAGCCUCACUGCACAGUGGAAGCUCCGCCCCCUUACUCCUAUGCCCCUAACGGCAGUGAUUUACCCCAAGACUGCAGAGUCCUCCAGUAUUACUUCAACUUAGGAGUCCAGUGGUACCAUCAGCAGCAGCAGCAGCAGCAGGUGUACCAUGCCACCUCACAGGAGGCACCCUACCCCUACCAGCACUACACCCCCUACCUGAGCCAGGAACCGCCCCUGCAUGCUGCCCCUUCUUCGUACUCUGAGACAACUCAAGGCCCCAAUCAGCCACCCUCCUCUUACCCAGAAUCCACCAAGGCAGAAGAUGGACACACAGAUGGACACAGCAGCGGCCCCGCCCCCUCCUGUGAAGCCUCCUCCUCCACCAUCAGCCCUGCCCCUCCAGACUCCACCCCCUCCUCUGUUUUCCCGUACCCAUAUCAAACACCCCCCCCACCACCCUCGCUGCUGCACCUGCCAUAUAAAGCUCCGCCCACGGCCACCUACCUGCCAACCGCCCCUCCUCCUCUGGCUUUCUCUGCUUAUCCUGACCCCGCCUACCUCCCCCAUCACUCCUCUUACCACGCCUACCUCUCCCGCUCCACCCACUGGGGUGCCCUACAGACCAGAGGCCAUGCCACGCAGGUCUACUGCCCUGCCCCUAACCCCUCCCACUGGGGGGCGCUACAGACCAGAGGCUAUGCCACACAAGUCUACUGCCCUCCCCCCAACCCCUCCCACAUUGUCGGUUACAUCAGAGCCCCGACAUCACACCACAUGGCGACACACUACAUUCCUCCCAGCAUCUAACACACGCAACAUACCUCACUCAUUAGCUAAAGGCCAACAACACCCUUUGUGUUCAAUAAGCAGUGCUAAGAAGUCCCCCCAACAAGUUCAUGCUAAUGUGGAACCUUAACAAAAUGGAUACAUUUUCUAAAUAUAAUUUCAAAAAUACUAGACUAGAAAAAAAUGUCAAAGAAUGAAAAAAAUAUCAAUGAAUAAAAAAAAUGUUUUUCCUAUUGCAAUAGAUGUUUAGAAAAAAGGGGACGGAUUAAAAAUCACAAUUUUGGCAUGUAAGCUUCACAUUAAAAAUAAUGUGAAGCUUACACAAAGAAGAAUCGGUAGACAGAGUUCUGCACAUACUAAAUGUUCUGCACGUUCUGCAUGUACUGUACUAAAAGUUAGUUUGUGGCUUAGUUGCCUUUUUUGUCAACAGUUAAGUACACAGCACGUCUGCCUCAGAAUAACUUCCUUUUUUGGACACUCGUUAAGUUGUCUGUUAAUUGUUUAACUUGUUAGUGAGCAGCUCGUUAAAGUGGGACGAAUGACAACCCGGGUGACUGUGUCCUCGGUUGCCAUAGUGACGACUGUGGAGCACGGCAUCGGAGUCAAUGUGGCCGCCUGACAGAACCUGCUGUCAGAUUUAUUUAUUUUUUAAAUCAUCAGGAGUAUAUCUUUUACAAGUCAGCCAGCCAAUCAGAGAGAGGGGGCGGGGCAGCAGGCAUGUAUCGUGGCCAGUAUCGGCAUGGCCAGUCCCUGUUUAUUAAUGUUUGGAUAUAUCUGUUUUGACGUUAUGUUCAAACUAGCGGUUUGUUUUUGUUACUGGGUGAAUAAAGUUUGUGUUUCAUAAGCA